AUGACUAUUCCAACAGACACUCAGAAAUGUUGGAAACCUCAUAAUCUGUUACAACUAAGUCACCUAAAAGAAGGACGACUCUCGGAAACCACUACCGUCAAAAUGUUAUCCCUGUUGAAGGCCUUGGCCAACAUCCACGUUCUCCUCGGCAUCAUCAUGAUAGUGCUCAGUGGGCUGGCGGAUUAUGCGAGCACACGGAUAAACACAAUUCGGUUGCAUGGUCUCGAGGAGAUUUGCUCAUUCUACUUUGUUCUUGUGGGGUUGGUCGGUAUCUGUGGAAGUGCUUCGUACCGUCGGGGACUUGUCAUCACGUACCUGGUGAUGUGCAUUCAUUCCAUUUUCAUUUUCGUUCCGGCUAUCAUCACAGUCUCCAGUUUUGACAUUCAUUUCUAUCAGCAUGAAUGUUGGGGAGAGUGCGACUGGCAUUUGCUUGCCACGUCACUUCCGACGAACAGCAGGUGUCAAAUCAUGUGCGGGGAUCAUGUCGAUGACGCCAUGCGCAGGAGAAUGACCCGUCUUGGAACAGAUUAUCGUCUUGACGCCGGCCUCAUUGCUGCCGCAAUUCUCGAAUUUCUUCUUUCAAUUGUCACUUGUGUGGUUGCUUCAAGGACACUCUUCUCUCCACUGAAGGAGUUGGGAGACCAGGGAACGCCUGCCGAAUUGACUGUGGAGAUGCAACCAUUGAAUCAAUCUGAGGAGAACACCGAUUCAUUGCCAAAUGGAUCAACGAAUUGA